AUGACGGAGAGUGACACGGGACCGCUACUUCAACCCUACGACCCCUUAGCGGCGCAGGUGCUACGGGAGCACAAGAAGGUCAUCGAAAUGAUGGAGAAGCGUAGCCUGUUGGAGAAAGUCCGCAACUACGUGAGGAGCCUAGUGAGUGGCUCACCCGAGGCGCGCGGUGUGCUUACGUUCGUGCUGGCACUCAGCGUGUUCAUGCUCCUGUGGCGCACCGCCGGGUUUCUGACGAGCUGCGACAACCCGCUCGUGGUGGUGCUGUCGGGUAGCAUGGAGCCGGCCUAUCACCGCGGCGACCUGCUGCUGCUGCACAAGGUGACGCCUGUCAACAUCGGCGACGUCAUCGUCUUCACGCUGCCAGACCGCACGGUGCCGAUCGUGCAUCGCGUUCACCGGGUGCAUGAGGGCGGUGGCACGCGGCUCUUUCUCACCAAGGGCGACAACAACGAAUUCGAUGACCGCACGCUCUACCCAACUGGGCACCGCUGGGUACGUGAGGAGGACGCGGUGGGGAAAGUCUUCGCCAUCAUCCCAUCUGCCGGAUUCCUCACCAUCUUUUCGGAGGGCAGGCCGUGGGUGAAGGUCGUGGUGCUCGCCGCCGCGCUUGCGUGGGGGUGGUUCAGUGGUGAGUAG